UGCUGUGCUGUCCUCCCUGUCUCUCCUGACCCUCCUGCUUCAGGGCCCAUUCAGGCAGCAUCACAGAGCCUGUGCUCUGUGUGAUCACCCUCUGUGUCAUCACCGGCCCUGCCACUCCUACUGCCUGCAGCCGGCUCAGCUCUCAGAUGCCUCCUCACCUUCUCCACAGUUAGGUAGGCAGCUACCAGUCUGGCUGCUUUUGUUGCCACACUGCUUUAUUGCAACUUUACUUGAUAUCUGAUUGAUAAUGGCGCCUACAGGGUCCUCUGUGGAGGAGCCUGUACAGCCUCCAGAAAACCAGAACCAAGCUGGUGGAGAAGGUGGUCCAGAUUCUUUGUCUUUUGAAGUUGGGGUGGCCCCUGAUGAUUGGGCAAUCACACUCACUGGGUCUACAGUCCCUAUGGUUUUUCAUGGUGUUGUGCAAGCAUUCUGGGAGGAAGAGGAAGAGGGGGAGGAAGCCUGGCCUGAGGUUGAGGAGUACAGAAAUGUACACCUAGAUGAUGAGGAGGUAGAGGAGGAGAUAGAGGAUUUGGAAGGGGAAUACAAGGGAGAAAAUGGUGAGGAGGAAGAAAAUGUUGAGACAGUGAAUGAAGAGGACAGCCAGGAGGAGCAGGUAAACGAAAGCAAUGUGGGAGAGGAGGAGACCUUCAGGAAGGAAGAGGAUGAUCAAGAAGUUUUCAGCAUCCGGAUGAAGAAGCCCAAGAAGUUGGCCCCAACAAGAAGAAGGAGGGCGAAAGCAGUUCCUCAGAAGAAGGACCUGAAAAUGAUCAAGAUAAGGCAUAAAGAAGUCCCUAGAAUCCAGCUUGAAGAGAUGAAGAAAGAAAAAAACUGAUUGCAAAACAUUGACAAAACUGUUCUUUAAACCUGAACUAAGUAACAUCCAUUAAUAGCUUAUCUUCUAUACUUUUCAGAUGUAUCUCACAUCAUUUCUUCAGUCUCAAAAUAAAAGCUGUUUGAAAUGAUAA